GCACAGUUUAUUUUUUCCUAGCUAGCUCGCAGCUCAAAAACAAUGGCACUCGUCUCAGGCAGCAGCAUCGCAACUCUCUCUUCUUCCUCUCUCAUCUCCAACAAGCUCCACCUCCAAUCCCAAUUGCCCACGAGCUCCAGCUCGCGAAAUCUAGUAGUGAGAGCGUCCUCGAACAAAUCCAGGGAUGGUGGCGAUGGCGGGAUCAGUGGCAUCCUCGACGACACCAAGAAGGAGGUCACCCGCGAGGAAGUUCUCAAGAACCAGGCCGAGAACGAGUCGGAGAAGCGCUCAGUGUUUGGCGCCGUGCCAUCGUCCGGAUCGCUCUAUCCCAGGCCAGAGGUUGAGAGGCGACCAGAGACUGGCGAUCGAUCAUUCCCCAGCUUGAUGGCGUUCGAUGGAGCCGGCCCAGAAACGAUUAAUGGAAGACUGGCAAUGAUUGGAUUGGUGUGGGCAUUCGCGGUGGAGCGAAUGACGGGACAAACGGUGGCGGAGCAGCUCUACUCGCCGGGGAGCACUGGUCUUUUCCAUUUCUUGGCAGUGGCACAGCUAUUCGCGUACGCGUCGCUGGUGCCCAUGUUUAAGGGCGAGAGCCCCGACAGUAGAUCAAUUGGGCCGUUUAGAGCCAUGGCGGAGCGCUGGAACGGGCGAACAGCGAUGCUUGGAUUCCUUGCUUUGGUGAUCACCGAGUUUUUCACCAAGACUCCAGUGUUCCACAUGAUGUAAAUUUCCCCUCAAAACGUAAUUGCCAUUCUUUAGCAACUUAAAGCAUGUAGUAAAGCCCCCCAUGGUUGGACCAUGUAAACGUCCGCCAAUGAGAGCAGUAGAUCUCAGUUUCAGACUGUCUUCUUGACAAUGUAAAAACCAAUUAUAGUAAUCACCAAGACUCCUGAUGUCAAUUUGUU